AUGAUGUUCUUAGGUUCAUUUCAAACAGUUAUAAGGAGACAAUUGGCUACUGCUGCUAAGAGUGCAGGUCCCAAAUUGACAGAUGUUCUUAUUGUUGGUGGUGGUCCAGCUGGUUUGACUUUAGCUACUGCUAUUAAGACAUCCCCAAUACUUUCUGGGUUCAAGACCACAUUGGUAGAUUCUCAGAAUUUGACAGAGAGAGUAGCUAAAUUUUAUGAUAAUCCACCAGAGGAAUUCACAAAUAGAGUCGUUUCUUUGACUCCCAAAUCGAAGAAAUUUUUAACUGAAACUUUAGGGGUUCAAUUAAUGCAUGAAAGAAUUCAAUCAUAUGAUGGGUUAUAUGUUAUAGAUGGUAUGACAGAUGCAAGAAUGGCUUUAGAUCAAGAUGGAAUGUUAGAUAUGAUAGAAAUUUUAAAUAUUCAAGCUUCUUUAUUACAUCGUUUAAAUCAUUUGAAUUUAGGUGAAGAUAGUUUCGAAAUUAAAGAAGAAGUUAAAGUGACAAGUAUUGAAUCUUCUACUAAAGGUGAUCCAACAUCUUGGCCAAUAGUUACCUUAAGUAAUGGUGAACAAUAUAAGACUAGAUUAUUAGUAGGUGCAGAUGGGUUUAAUUCACCAGUAAAAAAAUUCUCAGGUAUCACUACUAGAGGUUGGCCUUAUGAUACAUUCGGUAUGGUUGCUACAUUAAAGCUGAACCCAUUAUCACCUUUUGCUAAAUUAAGAGGAUGGCAAAGAUUUUUAAAGACUGGACCAAUUGCACAUCUUCCAUUACCUGGUGAUAACGCUACUUUGGUUUGGAGUACUAAAGGAAACAAAAUGUCUCAAUUAUUACUUCAACUGGAUCCAAAAGUAUUCUCUGCACUUGUAAAUGCUGCAUUCGUUUUGGAUGAUGCUGAUUUGGAUUAUUAUUAUAAAAUUCUAGAAGAAAAUCCAAAUGAACCAGUCACUAAUGAAUCUGUCAUUGAAGAUAUAAACCAAAGAAUUAAUCAAGUUUGGGAUUCAUUGAAAAAUGAUUCUUUAAUUGAUGAACGUUACCCACCUCAGGUGCUUGAUAUAGUUGCUGGUACAAGAGCUAGGUUCCCAUUAAAGUUAAGCCAUGCCGAUACAUAUUGUAGCGACAGAAUUGCAUUAGUUGGUGAUGCCGCUCAUACAACACAUCCAUUGGCUGGUCAAGGUUUAAAUAUGGGUCAACAUGAUGUUGAGGAGUUAACUAAGGCAUUGGAGAAAGGUACUCUACGUGGUCUGGAUAUAGGUUCAUUACUUUGUCUUGAACCAUUCUGGGGAGAGUGUUAUUCUUUCAACAAUGUUAGAUUAGGAAUGGCUGAUAAACUACACAAAAUAUACGGCACUGAUUUUACACCCGUUGUUCAAUUAAGAUCUUUAGGUCUACAACUCACUGACAGCCUUGGUCCUGUCAAGGAUCUAUUAAUUAACACAUUAACUGCUGGCAGCUCGAAAUAG